AGUAGGAGAAGCACCCAGAUUGCGUCGCAGACUUUUAGGGUUAUGGUUCCGCCACAGCCGCUUACUGGGUUGAGAUGUCAAACCACUAUUGUCUCUUCCGUGUUCUUCUACCAGAGAUGGCCUAUCUCACUUCUUCUUUGCUGGUUCGAUGGUCUUCUUCGGCGGUGGAGAUUCCUUCUUGUUAUUAGUUCUUCUGAUUGUAGGUGGCAUCUUCGUGACAGAGAGAUAAAUCGAGAAGUCCGAUUGAGAUAGAGACAGAGUUCUGAUCGUGAAGGUGUGGAGAAAGUAGGGGAGUUGACGGGAGUUGUAUUUCAAGUACAACUGGAAUAUGUAAAAGUCGAAGGAGACGAUGGUGGGGAUUUAGGUUUUCAGUCGGGGUUGGGUCGGGUUAAGAGUCGGGUAGGAUAGUAAUGGCACGGGUCGUAAAUAAGUUGAUGUCUUUUGGUUUUUUUGUUAUUUGCACCUCUUUUGUAUUUAAAUUUUAAUGUAAUAUUAAUAGGAAUUAUGGUUGGGUCACGAGAGAAUUUUUCAAAACCAUGUGGGUCACUAGAGCAUUUGAUCCUAAGUUUGGACAAACAAAAACACGUGGUAAAAAUACUCUACGUUACCGAUUCUGCUUUUCCUCAUACAUCUGCGUUCAACCUUUUUUUUUUUGAAAAUUAUAUUAUAAAUCAAACCGUUAAAACGAGAAAUAGUUCCGGUUACAAGCUCGAUUCAAACAAAAGUAUCUAAGUCUACUUAUUACAAUAACUAGCUUCGUCCACCCACUAAACCCAGCACAUUCCGCUAAUCUGCUUUUUGUAAACCAUAGAAAUCGAUUUCUGUUCUCAGCCGUCAACGAUGAUCACAAGAAAGUGAGAUUCUCCUCGUUACUUCGGAUGCCGGGAGUUCUUGUGUCGCCUCUGGAGUAACUAGAUCUUGAUGAUCUCCUCAAAACUUAUAACCUUCACCUCUUUAACUCGCAGACGCAAUCGAAUAAAGGAGAUAGAACACAUACCAUUUGAAAAACGCUCCAUCACCCACUGUACAAGUUCCAAAGGCGCCAAACCGGACGUUAGCAUAGUGACACAAAGACCUCAAUACCAAGAGCGGUAAGCAAAAAGUCAGGAAGGGAACGGCCGCUGCACGUGAACCUGAUCAGCUUAAAGACCUGCAAAUAAGCUUUAGUUCGGCCAACACUACCAUGACCAAACCAACUGGAGGCCACAGCACUGGGAUGCGCGCCACACCGGAAAGAGCCACUGACAAUACUAAGAAGACUGGGAUGUGGAGCCAUCUACGUUCAACUUUGUUAUGGUAGAAUUUUAAUAUCGUCAAAAUAUAGCAUGUUGACACACUUCCUCGUUCCGGUUCAGAUAUGUCUUCAGUCCGGAUUUGGUCCAGUUUUGAAUUUUAAAAACAAAGAAUUAAUAAUUAAAAUUUAUAUAUUUAACUAGAGAAAUUGGAGUAUAUAACCAAAAAAAACUAUAUUUCACUAAGUAACCAUUUUCUUCUCCCUCUCUUACUUUUCCUUUCUAUCUCUCUCUACCUUUCUUACCACAAAACUAAUAUUUUCCCCAAAAUGGUCAUUCAGCCAAUUAACUAAGCUUGUAUGUUAAAAAAAAACUAAGCUUGUAUGUUGGUGUAUACUCCCUCCGUCUCGAAAAAAUGUCAAUUUGACAUUUUUCACACUGAUUAAGCAAAUAAUUAAAAUGCAUUUAAGUUUUUAUUGAUUACACAUAUUCAAUCAAUAGUAAUACAUAUUCAAUCAAUAGUAUUUUAGAUAAAUAAAAUUAUUUAUAAAAUAAAUUAAUUUAUAAUUAAUACUAGACUGAAAGUUGUAUUAGAAUUAUAAAAUGACAUUUUGUGUAAAAAAAAAAAUGUUAAAAUGACACUUUUUCAAAAAAAAAAUAGAGGGAGUUUUAAUUUUAAGACUUUUUAUUUCUUUUAUUUUAGUUAACAUAAUAUUUGAAAAUUUAUUAUUAUCUCAUAUAUCAUUGAUAUUUGUAGAUGAGUUUUUUUGUUCAUCAAUAAAUGUUAAAUUUUAACAAAAGAUAUAAGAUAAUCUUGAUUGAGUUUUAUAAAACUUAUUUCUUCUAAUAAGUUUUUGUUGGGUUCGAGCCCAUUCCACUAAAUAGUACUAACAAAAAUAAAAUAAACUAUUCAUAGUCACUAUGUAACAUAUCAAACCAGCUCUCUUAUAAUUAUAAUGGUUUACCACGUUUGUAAUAAUAUAAUACACCAGCUCCAGGUAUCUUGUAACUGAAAAGAUCAGUAACUUAAUCUUGAAGUUGAAGUAUUAGAUUAUCAGUAAUGGGAAAACUCUUAAGAGUCUUUCAAAAGAAAAUGAAAAUAUUAAUAUUUAGUUAUAUACUCAUUUUUCUUUUAAAUAAUUAAGCUACUAAGCAAAUGACAUGUAGAAAAUUAUUUUUUCAUACAUGCAAUAAGAGUCUCUCAUACGAGAACCUCUUCAACCUCUUUUUUUCUACUUUUACACUAUUUUAUUUUUAUUUUUAAUGUGAGGGAACAUAGGAGAAAUCUCUAGUAAUGGUGCUCUUAAAUCCAAAAAGUUAAAAAUUGUAUUGGUAUUAUAUAUUGACAAAAGAGACAAGGUAUGAGUAUAAGAAUAUAUUUUUAAUUUUUACAUACCGUUUUCUGAAAGAAAAUAAUAUAUAUUCUAAUAAAUUUUUGGAGUUUAUACAUAAUUAUUAUGAUAAGAUGUUUUGGCUUACACAUAAAUUUUCAAAAUUAAUGAUAUAGUUAGGAAUUAGGUACAAACAUUAAUGUUAGUGAAAUGCAAAAAGAAACAUAAAUGUUAGUUAUGAUAAAGUAUAAUUAAAUGGACUUAAAAGUCGAAAUUGAUCGAACUUAAUUCUCAAAAACAAAAAAAAUGAUCGAACCAACCAUGAACGAGUGGGCAUUAGAGAAGGAGAUCCCGCAGGUCGUGGGGUUUGCAAUCUGACCCCAGUGUUACCAUUUAAGUGUUAUAACACCAGCGCAAAGUUAUUUACUUGUGUUUGGAUUCAAACUCAAUUAUGUCUCAUAUUUCCAUUUUCUGUGAGAUCCAAUAGAAAAUAGACAAACAACUAGAGAAGUGUAAAUUGAAAAUGUUAAAACUAUGCAAGACGAGAAAGUAAAUAAGUAUGUUGAAUUAAAACUUCUCCUAAUAAAGCCAAAACACAACCUCGGGAACCUCUUCUUCCUGCCAACUAUAAAAACAGACGCCACCAAAACAAUCCACUGAUUUAAAUUACUUGUUUGCGCUUAAAACAACACUGUUUUUGUGUGAUUAAAAUACACAGUAAGUUCUUAUUCCCAUGCAAUUUGUUUGUUGGACUGAAGCCAAAAUAGAUUCCAGAGGAUGCAUCUUUUUUUUUUUCCGCCAAGGUGUUGUUUAAAUUAAUCCAACGGGCCAAGCCCAGACGUCCGAAACUCAAUUACACAAAGAGCUAACAAAAAAAACGACCCACAAACGAAAUGGGCUACAGCAAUAACGGCCGAAGCCCAAGAAAAGUAGACGGCCCAAAAGCCCAAACAUUUAACCCGAACAGCUUGCCCUCGGGUCACGACAAGGAGGCUGGGAAUUGCACACGUGUAAGAAUCUAGGCCAUCAGCAUGCCACGCGUCACCCGCCUCAACUUGAUCUCACCCCCUUCGCACAGCCGCCGAAACUUACCACCGACAACCUCGUUUCACCGGAGCUCAGAACCUGAAGAGCCACCGGCGUAACCAUAACCACUCUACUCCGCUCUGUCUUCUCGCCGGAGAGAUCCAUCGAACUAACGAGAUCUCCUCCGACUAUGAACCACAACAAACCCUAAACAGGCGAGCCGAGAACCGCUACCAGAAGCAAACCGUACUUCUCACACCUCAAGCUAGACACCACAACCCAAAGGACCUCGGGUUUCAAGACGGCAGCGCGGAACUUUAGAAGCCUCCACUCUCCGUGACCAAAAGCCGGCGAAGACAGAUCUGACUGAGCCUCUCCUUCCCGGAAGCUAGAGCGGCGACGGUGAAACUGAGAAAGCUUUCACCUCCCGCAAAAGGCCGGCAUCGAUGGAGCUAGGGAAGCCUCCAUCUCCCGGAACACACUACCUAAACAUGCAAGCCACUCCAUCUCCGUCGGGAACCUCCAAUCGCUCGCGUCGUUACUCCAGAAGCUGAGCCACCGAUGAGGAUGGUUGCGGUACCAGAGCUCCGACAAGGCGGUCGAUGACGGAACUGCGAAGAAGGAGCGAAAGGGGACAACUUAUAAAAAAGAAAAGGGCUCCGGCGACGGCACGCACGCUCACGCGCCGGCCGUACGCCGGACCCAAACUGAGAUCUGGUUUCUCUCUCUCUUUUCUCUCUUCAACGAGUGUUUUUUUGUUUCAGGUGUGAAGAAUUCAGGAUGCAUCUAUACUGUGAAAUUUGUAGUGGUCAAAUAUGAAUUUAUUCUAGAGUAUGUACCCGUUCAAAAAGAGAGAGAGAGCGUAUGCACUACAGAAUGGACUGAACGUAAAACCAUUUCAAGAUUACGUAUAAAUAAAUAAAAUAUGAUUAUGUACGUAUUAGAAACGAAUUAAAUUCUUUAACAAAACAAAAAAAAGAUCCCCGUAUCAUCCAAAUAAUGAUUUAAUAUAGAAUGAGCUUGUUAUGCUAUAAUGAAUGUAAACUUUUUCCAACGGUUGUGUGGGAGAUAAUGACCCACAAUAAAAUAUCUGUAACUGGAUGAAAUAACGAGGAUAAUAUUUUCUAAUACUUAUAAUGAAGUAAAGGAUUAAAAAAUGAUCUUUCGAUCUAAUUUUUUGAGACAAACAUGUAGAGUGUAAAAUGUUUAACUAUGUGUGAAAGUAUGUUUGUAUUAAAAAACAAAUGUGUGAAAGUAAGUGAGUGUCUUCUCUUAAUCUUGAAUUAUUCUUUUUACAUUUUCAAUCGAGUUCAAUUACUUCGCAUAUUUCAGAUGCACACCCAGCUCCUCAGAUCUUGAACCGGCGUUAAACUGAGUCGACCUUGCUUAGACUUAGUCCUAUUUGAUCUUCGUUGUUCUAGAGUUCGUACCUCGAACUUGAGAUAGCCCAAAAUAUACAAGAUAAUUGGACCUCGACCAAUGGGAUCAUGAAUAUUAUAAAAAUUGCUUGUUUCAGAUGGACUUUAGAUGAACCGGAUCUCUAUGUGAACCUAUUCUAAUAUGUGGUUCCAGCCUCAGAGACAUUAAUAGUUGUUAUGUAUUAACGUAGUUUCAUUUCUUAAAUUUCCUUCUUCUUUUUUUGAAGAAAGGCUUAAUUAUUUCCUUUCUAAAUGUAAAUUAAAUAUUUUUCCUCAUUGGUGAAAAAUGAAACUACAAUCUAACUAUUUGUUUUGUAAGAUAUAGUUUAAAUCUUUGAAAGUUAAACGGUCACACAUUACUUUAAACUGUGGUAGUCUAUACACUCAUUUGACAAAUUUCAUUACUGUAUUUUUCUGAAAUGAUUAAAGAUUCCGAUAAGAAUGUAUUAUAUAAGAUCAAGAUUGAAUCCAACAUGCAUGAAUACCAAGCACAUGAACAAACACACAUUUAAUUUAGGGAUUAAUUGUCGUCUAGUUUUCUUUGUCGUUUUGAUUGAAACCAAAACUUGAGUUACAUGCAAAAUUUGAUGACACUACAAUUAUAUUUACCUGAUAAAAUAGAUUAUUAUGAAAUCCCAUGUGGCAAAGCCCUUCAAUACAAAAAGAUGGAGAAAAAUGGAACUAAAAUAUUAAUAAGAAAAAGAAAAACAAAUGUACACUAACUUGCUUAUAUAAAGACUUGAAGGACCCUUUGUUCCCCCAUCUCCUCAACAAUACUCACUCCCACUACAAAUUUUCAUUCAUUUAAACUCAGAACAAGACAAAACAAAAACUCUCCCAAAAAUGGCGAUAAUUUGCACAACAGCAUCUCCGGCAGAGAAAGAACAAGAACCAAAACAAAGUUUUGAAAACGAUCAAACUCCUCCAAUAGUUUUCAACCCUUCUCUUCUUAACCUCCAAUCUCAAAUCCCAAACCAAUUCAUUUGGCCAGACGAAGAGAAACCUUCCAUUGACAUUCCCGUGCUCAACGUGCCUUUCAUCGAUCUCUCGAGCCAAGACUCAACUCUAGAGGCUUCUAGACUCAUUGCAGAAGCUUGCACCAAACAUGGUUUCUUUCUCGUUGUCAAUCAUGGAGUCAGCGAGUCCCUCAUAUCAGACGCUCACCGUCUCAUGGGAAGUUUCUUCGACAUGCCUCUAGCCGGAAAACAGAGAGCUCAGAGAAAACUCGGUGAGAGCAGUGGCUACGCCAGUAGCUUCACUGGAAGAUUUUCCACCAAGCUCCCAUGGAAGGAAACACUCUCUUUCCGGUUCUCCAACGAGAAUAAUGGAUCACGAACCGUUCAGGAUUACUUCUCCUGUACACUAGGACAAGAAUUCGAGCAAUUUGGGAAUGUAUACCAAGAGUACUGUGAAGCCAUGAGCUCUCUGUCUCUAAAGAUCAUGGAGCUUCUGGGGCUAAGUUUAGGCGUAAACCGCGACUAUUUUAGAGGGUUUUUCGAAGAGAAUGAUUCGAUAAUGAGGCUAAAUCAUUACCCUCCUUGCCAGACACCAGAUCUUACAUUAGGUACAGGGCCUCAUUGUGAUCCAAGCUCUUUGACCAUCCUUCACCAAGAUCAUGUAAAUGGCCUUCAAGUCUUUGUUGACAAUCAAUGGCGAUCCAUUCCCCCCAAUCCCAAGGCUUUUGUCGUCAAUAUCGGUGACACUUUCAUGGCUCUAUCGAACGGGAUAUUCAAGAGUUGUUUGCAUAGAGCGGUUGUCAACAGAGAGAGCGCAAGGAAAUCGAUGACGUUCUUCUUGUGUCCGAAGAGAGACAAAGUUGUGAAGCCACCAAGUGAGAUUUUGGACAAGAUACCAAGGAGAUACCCUGAUUUCACUUGGCCUAUGUUCCUUGAGUUUACUCAAAAGCAUUACAGAGCAGAUGAAAACACUCUUGAUUCCUUUUCAAACUGGGUCAUCACCAACAAAAAUCUCAUCUAAGAAACCAAAUUACUAUCGAAAUCUUGUCUUUAUUGUUACUACUAAGUGUCUUUUGUUCUCGUGGUGAAAUGCAUUCACAAGGGUUUGAAAGUCUUUUUGUUUUUUUUUGUCACAAUGAUUCAAAGUUCAGAAACAUUUGUAUAUUGUUCCAAGCAUUACCGUGUGGAAUAUGAAUGCUCGUUAAAUUAAAUACUUUAAAAGUUUAAAAAACAAACUAGCUAGCUGUAACGAGUUGGGAAUGAAAAUGUUAGUAUUUUACUAUUUUCAAGAUUUCAGAGUGUUUUCUACUAAUUAAUAACUAAAUUGUCAUUACAAUCUGAUUUAUUGUGAUAAAAAAAAUCUGAUUUAUUAAUUUGAGAUCGUUAUAUAGAACUAACUUUUGGUCAUAUUCUAUAUUAGUGAAAAUGCCAUUAAAAUAAUGAAGACAUCAAUAUCUAGUUCAGCAUAAUUUAAACUAAAAUGUGAACUACUGCGAAUAUACAAUUGUUCACAUAUGAUUAUUUAUAUAUUAAUAACUAAAAAUAUAGUAAUAUAAUAAUUAUUAUAUUUACAUCUAAUAUUUUAUCUUAAUUUAUUUUAUUUUUAAGAAAUUUUAAAAAUCUUUCAUAUCGUAAGAAAUUUAAUUUUCUCUAUACAUCUAUAUUAUUAAAACUGAAUUAUUUUUUAAAAAUAACCCUUCUUUCACUCUAAUAAUUACAAUUUAUACCACUGUAUUUAAUAAUUAUUAAUUAAUUAGCUAUAAAUCAUUUUUUUGUUAGAAUAUUUUCUAAGCAAACUUACUAUUAUACUCUAGUCAAACUUACCAUUAUUUUCUAACCGAAAUAUUUUCUAAUCAAUUUAAAAUAUGAUAUACAAAAUUUAAAAAUGAUUUAUUAAUGUAUAUUAUUAUUUCAUUUCACAUACAAAAUAUAAACUAUAAAUGUUAUAUUAAAAAAUAUAAAAUUAUUCAAAUAUAUGUUAAAUAAUUUGAAGAUUAAUAUUAUU